CAAGAGAGAGUUUGUACCCUCUGUCAAGAUGGCGGUUCUGCUUUGUUGGUCUGUUUACUUCGAAGAACUGUAGCUUUGUUGAAUGCGGGUAACAAAAGACGAGUAGUAGUGGUCCGAAUAUUUCCCUUAAGAGGAUUGCGAUUACACUAAUGUUUGUUCAUAUUGGCAAUUAACAAUAGCGUCACUAUUGUGUACAGUCACAUCAGAUUGAAUAUAUCAAAAUGGGUGGUGGAGAUUUGAAUUUGAAAAAGUCGUGGCAUCCAUCUACUAUGAAAAACAUGGAAAAAGUGUGGAAGGCGGAGCAGCAGAAUGAUCAAGAAAAGAGAAGAAUAGCUGAACUGAAAAAGGAGAUUGAAAUGGAGAAAGAUCGGGAAGAUAUGACAAAAUAUGCUAUGGAACAAGGUGUGAUAGAGAAGAAAGAUGAGAAAAAACUAGACUGGAUGUACAAAGGCCCAAAUCAGAUGGUCAAUAGAGAGGAGUAUCUACUAGGAAGACCAGUUGACAAAGCUUUUGAACAAAUGAUUCAGGCGGAAAAGGCAGAGCUGAAUAGGAUACCAAAAAAUCAUGUUGAAUAUGAAUGCAUCCCUCCUUCGCUGAGAUUUUUUUCUGGUAACGAACAGGUAGAUUUAGCCAGGAAAAUGCAAGAAGACCCUCUGUAUGCCAUAAAGAAAAAAGAAGUAGAGACCAGGAAUCAACUCUUAAAAAAUCCUGUUAAAUUAAAACAACUUAGAGUAUUGCUGGAACAACAGUCGCGCAAAAGCAAAAACGAGAAGAAGAAAAAGUUGAAGCAACAGGAUAGCAGUGACGACGAGACUAAAUUAGAUAUGUUGUUAGUCGCCAAGUACAAGCAAUUAAAGGACAACAUCAGCGAAGAAAACUUAUUGAAAUCGAUGAAGAAACAUAAACAAAAAAAGAAGUCGAAAAAACACAGUUACUCCGAGAACGAUUCAGAUAGUAGCGACGACGAUACCAACACUUGUGUCAAAGAGAAACCGCAUAAGCGGAAAAAGCAGAAGAGAAAUAUAAGCGACAGGGAGGACGGUGAUAGCAAUAGUGAAAGCAGCAGUGAAGAAAAUAACACUCAGCGUAAGAAGGAAGAUGAUAAAAAAAGACACGGUGAUAAAAAAAAACGUUCGAAAGACAGUGCAAAGGUCAACGAUAGCAAGAAACAAAUUAGGGAAAGAAAAUCAAGUAGAGACAGAAAUGUCGAACACGAAAAGAGUAAAGGAUAUAGGGGAGAUUAUAACAUUGAUCGUAAAAGACAGCGAUACGAAGAGAAUAGCAGGCAGAGAGACAGUUCUCGGAAUAAGUACAAUGAUGAGAGAAGAUCUACCACCGAUAGGCGAAAUGAUGGAACAACGAAUAAGUGGAGAUCGAGGCAGAGGCAGAACUUUACAGAGGAGGAGAAGGAACGACGGAGACAGGAAAUGAUUGCGAACGCGAUGUGGCGCGAUAAGGAAAGAGAAAAGAAUGUUAAAAUGUACCGUGAGGAAGAGAAGAAGGAAGCGCAGAGUAAUAAGUCAUACAAUAAGGACUUCAUUAGGAAACAAUUAGUCGUCGCGACAGAAGUUGGUACCGUCGCAUCCAGAAUCAAAGCUAAUAUCAACAAUAUACAACGUUCCGGUCGAGCAAUGGACACGAAUUUCGCUAGGAGGUGACUCUCGUUUCGUGUAAUUUGUACAAUUGCAGAAUAUACUUUGACUUUUGUGUAAAUAUUAUAUAUAUAUGUUUUAUACUAUGGCUGCGUUCCUUUUGGACGCUUACGCGCUAUAAGUGCUUAUAAGCGUCACUCUAUCUUUCUUCCGCAUCUAAUGAGCAAUAAAAAUAGAAUGGCGCUUACAGCGCGUGAGCGCCUAAAAGGAACGCAAUUUAUAUGUACGUACACACGUACGAGCAGUGUUGUAACUAGCUACAUGUAUCUUUUUGCAGUAUCUAAAUACUUUUUGUGUAUCUAUAU